AUGGUGCUUAACCUUGUUCAGCUUGGAGAAAGCCUCAUUUUUCAAACAGGCCAAGAUGUGAUGGCGGGCAACGGUGUAGUAUUGUUUGGAAUGAGCCCUGGAAAUCCAUAUUUUAAAUCUCAUGUUAUUGAGGACUAUGUUCAAUACUUGGGGAAGGAAGAAAGACGAAUCAUUGUUGUUGUACCACAGCAGCCAGCUGAACAUACGUACAGAGCUCUGGGGAGUAAAGAUGCUGUGAAACGGGCCAAGAGAAACACCAAUAAACUCAAGACGCAUUGCAGAAGAGCUAUUGAUAAGGUAUGUACAGAAAACAUUAUAAUACUGUCACUGAUUAAUUCUUGAUACUUUACGAAAGCUUAAAAAAAACGGUCACAUAUCCACCACAACAUUUGUUUCUUUCUUUAUUUUUUUAUUCUAUAAAACUGACGCGCACUCGCUGUCUUUCACAAGCUGGAUACAAGCUAAAAUUUGCAGUUAUUAAUUGUUUUUUCAUGCCCCUCUCCCAUUCUCAUCCCCAGAGCCCGUCGUUUCUUGGUCACGUGGUUGGGAAACGAGGGGCUCUGGAAGCAGCCGCUACCAGAUGUCAGAAAUACGGUCGCCCAUGUGCAGAAGUUACAAAUAUCACUGCUCCUGCUCAUAACGGAUUUUUGUCCCUCACUGGUCAUUCUCGUCCCCAGAGCCCGUUGUUUCUUUUAAGCCGAGUGGCUCUGGGGACGAGAAUGCUCACUGCUCCACUGGGGGAAAAAUUUUACUUCCUGAGCUCUCUCCAGAGAGUGGCUUCUUUGGGAUGUUUUGAAAAUGCACCACUUGGCUCAACUUGGGUUCACUGGUAAUUUGGAGUUAAAAGAAGAAGACAGUAACAGAAACCGGCUGAACACACUGUUGGUUUGCAGAACUAAGACAAUUAUUAAUCGGCAGACUAUUGUCUGAGUUAUAUGUUUUUUUUUUCAAUACGUUUGGCGAACAAACACUGGGAAAGCAAUAUCGUGAAGAUCGAUAUAAUGCGGGAAAAAGUCAAUCAGAAAAGGUAUCUUGUUCCAUGUGUUGUGUUAGGAGAGUAAAAUAUAUAUUUCAUUUCACUCGAGCUGGUUGUGCUUUUUCCUUUUAUUUCCUUUUGUGGUGCCGCAUGUCCUGGUUUUAAUUUUGCCCAUGAGAUUUUGUGUACAACACGUGUUAGACAGCCAAAGGAUUUACGUCGAAACAAACCAAUAUUAAUCAUGAUUAAUCAUUUUACCGACCCAGGGUAAAAAACAUAUAUUACAAGGUUUGUCCAGUCUAAUACACCUCCAUGGGCUUCCAUGCAUGGCAACUUUAUACAGUACUGAGUGAAUCAAAUUCCAGUUCAGUUUUUUUGGUAUAUCAACCCUAACUGAAAUUUGAACCCCAGUUUCUGAACCCUAAUCAUAAAACUUCUGGGUCAUUUGGUGUUUAUGGGGGCCAUUCAGUGUUCUGCUAAAAGGGUUUAUCCUCCUAAAAAUUUCAGGUAUCAUCUCCUAACUAAAAUCAUCGUCAGUACCUCAAAGAGAGAGUUUUCAAUAAUUUUGCUGUCAGACUCAGAAAAACAUCAAUACCUGAAAAAUGUUGAUUGAGUAGUGGCCAAUCAAAUAAUGUUCACAAAGUAAUUACCAUUGCUGUUUGAGGUUUUGUUUUCUCAACCCUUAUUAGCUUUUUCUUUGCAACGCAAUACCAUUCCUUAAUAUUUGUGGUAUUCAUGGUUUUGUAACUUUCACACUAUAGGUGAGCUCGUGUCACCUCUGUUGUAGGGUUAUAAACAGUUAUAUGUACUUUUGAUUACCGGUUACUAAUAAAAAGUGUUUCCCAAGACACUAGUUUAGUAGGAAGCCAUAGUAAUUAUGCAAAUGCAUCCAGAGAGAAACCUGUUUAAAGUGCCACUUAUGAGCUCAUGGGUUACACAUUUUUGGAAGGGGUUUUAUUGUUUUCUUAGGGGAGGGCUUAUAACCAGGGGGACAUUUUUAUUGUUUACUGGUACAUGGGCCUAUAACUGGGGGAUUUAUAUGUGAGGGGAAGAGGCUUAAAAGCAGUAGUUUAUGGUAACCUGUUCCAGACAUUCAGGCAUUGGGGAAUGCACAAAGAGAAAAAACAAGAAAAAACUCUGCAUUUUUUAUUGCUCUACUUUUCACCAUCUGAAUGCCUAGAACAGUUUAUCAUAAGCUAUAUAGCUGUCCUUUCUUAUCUGGAACAGUGAAAUGUAGACUGAUAUACACACUGUAUAUAGACUGUAUGGUUUAAGAGAUCCCCCCUAAGAAGUACACUUUGAGUAACACACAACCUGAAAGCAUUUUCUUAGGUAGCUUCUCUCAUCAUGUUUUGAGAGUGGAGUGCAAGGCCUGGUUUGAAAUUCUAUUCAUUAAAUCUUUAUUUAAGUUGUUAAUCAAUCUCUUACACUAAAAAAUUGAAAGCAACUUUUGAGCAACUUUUGGAUUUUGGAGCAACUUUUGAGCAACUUUUAGAGUUUUGGAGCAACUUUUGAGCAACUUUUUGAGAAAAAUGGAGCAAUUUUUUGAGAAAAUUGGAGCAACUUGUGGACAGCCCUAGAGAUGUUCUUUCAGCCGAAAAUACAAUAAAUUAAAAGCACACUGCAACAUUUCUGUAAUGUAGCUUGAUUUCCUUUCCCACUGUAACACCGAUGAAUAUCCAGAGGAAUUAGAAAAACUGAUUAGACUAAUUAAUAACGCCAUACAAGUACAGUAUCAAUCGCUUGAUUUUUAACGAGCAAGGAGCAACAGGAAGAGCUAACUAACCAUUACUCCUCCUUUCAGUUUCCCAGGAGAUGUGACGGUCGAGACAGGGGCAAAGUUUAGCGCACAACGAAGGCAAUACUUUCUUUGUCAAGGCUCGUUAUCCUCGUAGAAACUUCUCAAACUUUACCUGCAAUUCUCUCUUCACUGCUAUUGCAUAUGAACAAAACUGGACUGUUGCAAUCAACAAAACUCACACACGGAUUUUAUGUUUGUAGAUCGAGAGGGCACGAAGUAAAAUGUUAUAUGCAGUAGAUUAUAUUUUUAAUUUGCUUUGCGCAUUCAAGCCUUCAGCCAAUGAAAAAAUUCGUAUUUUCCGUUGCGUCCAGAGCAACUGGUCAGUCACAAAUUAAGCCGAGUGGCUCUGGGGACGAGAAUGGCCCCUCUCCUCACUGUAGGGGUGACGUUUUUUAGUGAAAACCGGACUUGCACUAUUGUUGACAUUCACCAAUUGUGCGCAUGCGUGAGUGACGUCACAGAUAUGCUUUUUCUCACUUGAAAAACGUAAUAACUGAUGAGGCUAAUGCACGGUUCCUCUUUUGCAAUUUUGGUCAAUCUUGUGUGUAUAUACGUACAUGACGACAGAAUGUUGUGUGCUUUUAUGUAGAGACGCGCUAAAUUUCACAGAGAACUAACAGAAAUCUAACGGAGUACUUCUCGGAAAAAGUGAUGGGUUUUUAGGGGGGGGGUGAAUAGUAAAUGAUAUUUUAAAAUUGGCCUUAAACACAACUUUUAUUGACUUUCAGUAUUAAAACAAUAAUUUAAUAAAUAACGAUAACAAAAGUAAAGGAAACAUUAUAAGGCUUCUAACCAGCUCGUAAUAAAUUAAACGCAAGAAAACUUGGAUUUAAAACAAGUUAGAAACUGACGAUUCCGCCGCACGUCUGCAGUGAAAUGAAAGAGUUUUAUUAUUUACAAAACUGAUCUCUCCCUAAGUUAGAUAAGGGGCGUGGAAGGACAGGAGCUAAACUAUUAUUGAAACUUUUUUCUCGCUUCGAAGAUUAACCUGUCGACCUGCGGCCGGAACGAAGCAUCUCCGCUGCACGCAAGGAAAAAAGACGCUGUACCCAUGGUUAGAGAAGUAAUAAUUUUACAGCUUUUCAUCAUUCAGUAUGGAUUAAAUCAUUAUUUUCUACUGUUGAACAGGUGUCCAAGACUGAUGAUGUUGCUGGAGAGUUUUAUAUGUUGGACUGGACUUCAGAAGUAGACAAACAUGAAGCUUACAUUGCAGCCUUAGACUAUAUCAUCAGUUUUUACAAAAGUAACUCUUACUUUCGCCAGGACGUCGCACGAUCGACCGCAAAAGUGUUAGGAAAAGAUUCUACAUCCUCUGAGAGUGAAUCAGGUAAGCAAGUGAAGGAGGAUAUCAGUGUUUUAAAAGUCGAAUUAUCUAAACUUUUUCAGUUUCUGUUUCUUGAGUUGUCUUAUCACUUCUCGGUCAAUGGACUUUGAAAUCUAAUCUAAUCUAAUCUACAGUUUUAAACCCGUUGCCAAUCGUUGUCGCGGCUUCGACGCACAAUUUUCCAGGAUUCAGGACUAAAGAAAUAAAAAAGUUGAGCCAACCGGUGUACAAACUAUGUUAAGAGCAUGAAAAGUGGUGGAUAUUCCCGCCACGUGAGUAGAUCUCUGUAAUUCAAGCAUUUUUGUUUCUGUGCAUCUGUUUUUCUCCGUUUUUGUCCAGCUAUAAAAUCUUGUCAUUUCUUGCUAUCGUUCGGUUGUCUGCCCAGUUUACUCGAUUUCUAUGCAUGACCCCCAAAAAACGGGGAGGGGAGAGGCGGAGAUAAACUCAGUACAAGUACCAAGAUUUGCCUUUCGUUACAUAAGGCUUUAAAUACUCUCCCGGUGGGGUAUGCAACAACGUUUUAUACGGGAAGGCUCCAAACUCUUACCCUUGUAUAUACUAUUUCUGGCAAAAAAGGUACCCCUUUUGUAUACCUUUUAUUGACAAAUGCUACCCCUUUUACGUACCUAGUUUAGACCUUUGCAUCCCUUUAAAUUGCCGUAAAUGAACUGUAUUUACUAUAUAGAUACAGUUGAACCUCUCCUCAAUGGCCUGGUCGUUGUAGACAGAUGGAAGUUGUGAAGAGGUGGCCGUUAGCGGAGGUUGGACUGUAAAUUACAAAUCUAGAAUGUUUUCUCGACUUUUUUUACAGCCAUAAAAUGCGCGACUGCCUGUUAGCCCUUUUGGAGCUUUUUACAAACUGAAAUGACAGAUUUCCCUAUCCUUUCAUAUACUUCAACUUCCGAAUUCCAUACCCUUUUAUAUAGCAAUGAUAUAUCUGAAGCCGGAAAAAGGUACCUCUUUCGGGCGGAGCCUCCCCGUAUAGCCCAUUAUAGGGAGUACCAACCUCCCUUCCCCACCCCCACAGUAUACUCUUCAAUGAAGACUGACCAAGUCCUAUUUUUAAACUUUAGAAUCCUCAGAUUCUGAGCUUGAAGACAACGAAAGUGUGCAAGAAGGAGUUUACUACCUCCUGAAAGAACUAGCCUUCAUUAUCUCCAGCAAAGAGAUGUUCAGAACCGAAAGCGUGGCAGUUAUUUAUCAUCGCAGCUGGCCUGUCUAUGAGAAAUUUGUAAAUGGAGAUUAUGAUGGAAAGCCAAAAGAAGGAUUGGGACUUGCAAUCAUCAACUAUGAUCUGUAA